GCCAAAGUCAAUACAGCCAGGGAAUAAUAUUAAAGCAGCAAAUAUUUAUGUUAAUUAAUAUGUUAGUUAAAGUGGUAAACACAUUCUUCUAAUUCUGCUCCUCUUACAAUUUGCAACAUGUUUCUAAUUCUGCAACUUCUAUUUUGCAUUAUUCUGCUCCUUCUUCUAUCUACCAAAAUUGUGCAGAAAACAUAAAUAUAUUUCCUCUUCUUCACCAUUGUGUGCAGAAAAUUCUACUACUCCUAGCUCACCUCCGGAUUAGAAUGUUCAUUACUUGUGCGAAAACGAGUUUAUAACACAAGACUUUUACUAUUACGCAAUAGUGCAAAAUAUACUUUUUAUAACUAACUUUUAUACCUAUUUAAAUUCAUAAGGUAUACUGUUCAAAUUCAUCAUAUAUAAAAAUUGGUGCAAUGACAGUGUUUCGAAUGUAGGACUCGAGCCCAAACGUAAUUCAAGCUGUUUUCUAUAAAAAUUGGUACAAUGACUGUUUCGAAUGUAGGACUCGAGCUCAAACGUAAUUCAAGCUGUUUUUUUGUCAAGUCUUUUCGAUUCUUCUUAUACCAAUCACUGAUCGGUUGUGAUCAUUACAUUAGUACUCCCAAAUCAGCAUAGUCACAAUAAGAUCAGAGAAUAUGUAAUUUGGUUAAAAAAGAUGUCAUACCUUGCUAAUUACUUCUAUAUUUAUAGGCACAGGACUGGAAUAACGGAAAUUAAACUAUCUGUAACCGUUGAUUCGUUGUCCCGCAAUAUCCGUAAUAUUCGUCCACUAAUUAAGGUUGUUGCUAACGUGUCCGAAAUAUUCGCUCCACUAAUCCUGCCAUUUUGUCUUACACUCCUAGCACGUUUCCUUUAUUCAACUGAUUAGCUCAUCAACCACAUCGAUCAAUCUUAUACUCUUCCUGUUCGGUUCCAUCGCUUGUAAACUCUUAUUGUUUUGCCCAGUUGUGCUGAUCUGCCCCCUUAUACUACAUAAGCUCCCCCAAACCCUUAGCGUUUGUCAAAAGCAAAGGGGUUUAAUAGGUGUCUGACGAGGAUGACAAGUAAAUAAUCAUGAAAUUGUGGCACUGAGAUUAGUUCGACAUGAAUGGCGAAGAUUAAAUCUCCUGUCCAUCAAUGCUGAAUUUGAAAAGACACUCAUUUUCUGCCCUUAGAUCCCCAGCUACAGACGGUUGUGAUCAUCCCAUAUAACUGCUUUCCGCGACUAUAAAUAGGUGGAGGGCCCCCAUUCAUUUGUGAUAUUUGUUACUUUCUAAAUUUGCUAACCGAUCCCCUUCUUUCCGAUCCCCUUCUUUCGCAUCCCGAUCGUCUGUUUCAAGGUAAUGUCUCUAUCUUCUCACUCAUCCAAUGGGUUUAAGGACGGUGGUCGGGGGCAUGCUGACGAUGAGGCAGUGUCAUCGUCAUCGUUCGACUUUUCGUCCUCAACCUCUUCCCGUUCAUCCGGCUAUGAGGUAGAGUUUAACUAUGAUAACUCUCGCACUUGGACUUCUAUCGUUCCUCCUCCAAUAGUGCAAGGGUAUGAAUGGGCCCCUCACGAAGUUAAGAAUUACCUUCCUUACUUUACUACCACGGCCACCAUAAGACAUUUGUUGCAAAGAGUUUAGCUGACCUAAGGGAUGUUGAUGAUUAUACUUUUGUUGUAUGUCGUUCGAAUGAACGAGCCUGUCAUGGUCGGGAAGGGUAUCCAACAGAUUUUUUUUAUGUGUACAUAACACUAUUCCGUAACUUAGGUAUAAAGCUCCAUUUCUCUGAUUUCCAGAUGGGUGUAUUAAGAGAAUUAAAUAUUUGCCCGGCUCAAUUACACCCGAACGGGUGGGCUUUCAUGCAAGCCUUUAACGUUCUAUGUACAGGCUUAUUAUUAACCCCCACCCCUGCUUCUUUUCUUUAUUUCUUUCGUGCGUUUCGUCAACCGAACCGAUCUUGGGUAUCCCUACUUCCUGUUAAAGAUAAACAUUUAUUCACCUCCUUCAAUUCUUCGUAUAAAGAUUGUAAAUCUAACCUUUGUAAAAUAGCCAUACGAGAGGCCGGUCGGCCAAAGUAUUUUUUUGAUAAUGGCCAGCCAAAAUUCCCCUUAUACUGGACUGAAAACCCUAAUAGGGUGGACUCCUAGGCUAAAACAGAAAUGACUGAGCAUGAUCUAGACGUAAUUUGUCAAAUCGAUCUACUGUCCCAGAAGACCCCGUCCCGCAAGCUCAUAAAUUUGAUCGGGAGAGACACUCUACGCGCUAGAGUGUUUGAUCUUUCUGGAUGAAUGGAACAACAUGAAUUGUUCGCUCGUCUAAUGGCCUGCAAAAAGAAACUGGCUAAGGCUACGGAAGGAACGUCCUCUCCUAUUCCUUCAACAGGGUCAUCCGCUAUCGUUCCUCCUUCAUCAAUGAACCCUACCCUGACACUUACUGAUACUAAGGAAACUGGCACUAAGGUAAGACCCGCCGAUCCAGAGGUCCCCAAGAACAAAACCAAGAGAAAAACCCAGGAAAAGUCUCAUUCUCCCCCUAAGAGGCGGAAAACAAGCACUCCUUUGCUCACCGGGCCCUUAGACCGGAACGUUCAUGUGGUCGAUCGUCUACAAUUUAACUUGAACGCCGAGGAGAAAAAACCUUUUAAGGGUAUGACACCUAGCGAAUCAUUGAACAUGGCUUAUGAACUUAUUGCUCGAGCCAGUGUUUGCUUAAAUUAUACUGCUAGAAUGAACAAACCUAUGCUAGUGACUGAAUUAGAGACUACCAUGAAAAGUUUAGAGGAGACAAAGAAGGAGAAUACCGCCCUCGCCCUGCGUAUUGAUGAACUGACCAAAGCUGCGAAAAAUGAUCGAGUAAAAGCAGACAACAAGUUGAAAGAGUCCCGAAAGGAAACAGUUGCACUGAAGUUAUCUGUUGACACUUUAAAACUAGAACUUCAGAAGGCUACUACAAAGCAGGAAAAGCUUAUUAAAGAGAAAAACGUUGCGCUUACUGAACGAGAUGGCUUAGCAACCGAGAAAGCCACGUUGGAAGAUCAGGUGUGCCAAGAGCGUGAGCUUGGAUUUAAUCAAGGGAUUGCUCAGUGUCACUACUUUUUCAAGACCCCUUUAGAGCAUCCUAAUUUUGAUAUAAUGAAAGUAUGUUUGGACGGGAAACUCGUAGACCUUGCUGAUCAAAUUGCCACUACCCCCGAAGGAGUUGUUGUGAUCCCAACCGCUCCCCAGGAUAUUCUCACCAAAACUUCCACUGAUCUCUCCUUCAAUGUAAAAGAAUGA